AUGUCACAAGAUAAAGAAGACUCUCUCACUGCAUGGUUGAACAAUAUUGUUGUUGCUCUAGGUGAAGAAGAUAUAAGCAAUAUUAAUCUUUUGCCUGUCACUGUCAGUGAGACAUCAACAAACCAAACAGUUCCUGCAGGUGAUAAGAAGGUUAGAAAGCGAAAGGAAACUAAACAACUACCAUUCCCAAAUAUUCAAUCAACAGACAUUUCUGAUGGACUUGUUUCCACUAACAGGCGAGUUUCGAAUAAUAACAAGUCGAGCAGCAAGGACCAACAACAAAUAGAUUUGUUAAAGAUUGGAAAGGGUUUCGUUCAACACACCACUUGGACUACUUCAUCUGUUCUCCAUGGGAAGAGAAAAGAAACUCUAGAAAAUAUUAGAAACUCAAAGAAGAAGAAGAAAGAAACAGUUGACCCACACGAGACGACCAAGAUCUGCAAUGCAAAUGUGGCUCGCACAUUGCAUCAGUAG